AUGUUACUGCCUAGAGCCAAUAGAACUAUUACUAGGUACAGCCGUCAUGGUGAAUGGAUAGGUAGAUUUGUGCACAGAUCUUACAUCUCAAAUUCAAAACACAAGAAUUCAUGCAAUUAUUACAGCACAACUGCAUCUUCAAAUUUGGGUAAGAAUAUAUUUAGACGUAGUAGGAAGUUUUCUAAAGAUAUUGGGUGGGCUUUAUUAGGUGGAUCUGGGUUAAUGUUAGCAUCAUAUUCAUGGUUGGGUUCAUCAUCAAUCUCAUUGGACGCUAUAGAUGGUAUAAAACAUUAUUCUACAAAGGUUGCUAAUAAGAGUGCUACUAUUACUCUACUGACAGAUUCUGAAAUAGAUAAGAAAUUACGUGGUUUGGAACAAAGUUAUAUUGUUAACAGAAAUAAAGGGAUAACUCGUUAUGAUGUCGCUCAACUUCCAUCAAAUAAUCCAAUAGAAGAUAAUCAUAUCGAACAAGUGAUUACCGUACCAAUUAAGGAUACUGAAGAAGAUCUAUAUUUUUUCGGUAUAUUUGAUGGUCAUAGUGGUCCUUUUACGUCUGCUAAAUUAUCGAAGGAUAUGGUAAGAUACGUAGCAAAACAAUUAUCGCCUUUUUAUUCAUCACCAAAGAGUGAAGGCUCCAGCGAACAAGUUGACUCUGCCAUUAUUGAUGCUUUUGUACAAUUGGAUCAAGAUAUCAUUCAACAAUCAUUUAAACAAUUAUUUAGGGAUCCAUCUCAAGAAAACAUGGUAAAUGUAUUACCAGCUAUAUCUGGUUCUUGUGCAUUAUUAUCAUUGUAUAAUUCAAAGGAUAUGAGUUUGAAGGUUGCUGUCACUGGUGAUUCCAGGGCAUUGAUCGGUGGUAUUGAUGAAAAUAGCAAUUGGUUUGUCAAGGCUCUAUCAAUUGAUCAAACCGGUGAUAAUUUAGAUGAAGUUGCUAGAAUUCAAAAUGAACACCCUGGUGAACCUAAUGCAGUUCGCCGUGGUAGAGUAUUGGGUUGUUUACAACCUUCUCGUGCGUUUGGAGAUUAUCGUUACAAAUUGAAAGAAGUUGACGGUAAAAAAUUGAGUGAUCUACCAGAUCAUGUGAAAAUAUAUUUUAGAAGUGAACCAAGAGAUUUAUUAACACCACCUUAUGUUACAUCAAAACCUGAAAUCACUACAACUACUGUUCACAAUAAUGUAAAGUUUAUGAUUAUGGGUUCUGAUGGUUUAUUUGAAUUAUUAACCAACGAGGAAAUUGUUGGUUUAGUUGCUAAAUGGCAAGAACAAUAUAUGACCCAAAAUCAAAGCACGAGGAAAAAUAUAACAGCGCAAACUGGUAAAUUACCAUUAGUUAAAGACCUUACAUCGGAUAAAUCAUCACAAAGACCUGCAUUUAGAUACAAGAAAAAGGACAAUUCAAAUGCAACUGAUUAUUUAUUAGAAGAUCCAAAUGUGGCCACACACCUAAUCAGAAAUGCGCUAAGUGCCGGUGGUCAAAAGGAAUAUGUGUCUACUUUAACUAGUAUUCCAUCUCCAAUGAGCAGGAAAUAUAGAGAUGAUUUGACUGUCACUGUUGCAUUUUUUGGAGAAUCUGAAAAGAAAGAUGGUUCUCUGGAGAUUAACCAUGAGGCUACUACUCCUCCUAAACCAAAAUUAUAA